CAAGCUGGGAGACCCAACCGAUACAUCUCGGUUCGGGGUAGGUGGGCUGGUGGUGGUGGUGGUAUUGUGUGUAUAUAUACGUAUUGCCGUCGGCAUAUCAGAUUCUCUGAUCUCUCUCGCUAGACGGCCAGAGAGCUUUCUUCUCCUGGCCAACAACGGCAUAAGGAGAGGCGAGUGAGAGAGGGAGAGGGGGAGCGAUGGCGUCGUCACUGGUUUCGAAACCCUUUCUCAAAGGCCCUAGAGACGACGGCGUCCCCGGCCUCGGGUUCCGACCUUCUGAUAUCCGCGGGCUGUCCGUCCAGAUCUCCAUCCAACGGCGGAGCCGCCCUCCUCGAAGGCUAGAGGUGCAGGCAAUUGGAAAUGUAUUUGGCAACUACUUUAAAGUGGCAACUUAUGGAGAAUCUCAUGGAGGUGGUGUUGGAUGUAUCAUCAGUGGAUGCCCACCAAGAAUUCCUCUUUCUGAAGCUGAUAUGCAAGUGGAACUCGAUAGAAGGAGGCCAGGUCAAAGCAGAAUAACUACACCAAGGAAGGAGACUGAUACAUGCCGAAUUCUUUCAGGAAUCUCUGAAGGAAUGACUACUGGAACUCCAAUCCAUGUUUUUGUACCAAAUACAGAUCAGAGAGGACAUGAUUACAGUGAAAUGUCACUAGCAUAUAGGCCUUCUCAUGCAGAUGCAACAUAUGAUUUUAAAUAUGGUUUAAGAUCAGUGCAGGGAGGUGGCAGAUCAUCAGCAAGAGAAACCAUUGGGAGAGUUGCAGCUGGAGCUGUUGCAAAAAAGAUUCUGAAAAUGAAAUCAGGAACUGAGAUUCUGGCAUAUGUUUCUCAAGUGCAUAAAGUUGUACUUCCAGAAGGGGUGGUUGAUAAUGGCACCGUGACCUUGGAGCAGAUAGAGAGCAACAUAGUUAGGUGUCCCGAUCCAGAAUAUGCUCAGAAGAUGAUUGAUGCCAUUGAUGCUAUACGAGUCAAAGGGGACUCUGUUGGUGGCGUUGUGACAUGCAUUGCAAGAAAUGUUCCACGUGGGCUAGGUUCUCCGGUCUUUGAUAAACUUGAAGCUGAUUUGGCAAAAGCUGCACUGUCUCUGCCAGCAACCAAAGGAUUUGAGUUCGGCAGUGGAUUUGCCGGUACCUUUUUGACUGGAAGUGAGCAUAAUGAUGAGUUCUAUAUGGAUGAGAAUGGAAACAUGCGAACAAGAACAAAUCGAUCAGGUGGCAUACAGGGAGGGAUAACCAAUGGAGAAACCAUCUACAUGAGAAUAGCUUUUAAACCAACCUCUACAAUUGGGAAGAAACAGAAUACGGUGACCAGAGAUAGACAGGAAACUGAGCUUAUAGCAAGGGGUCGGCAUGAUCCCUGUGUGGUCCCUCGAGCUGUUCCAAUGGUGGAAGCAAUGGCAUCUUUGGUGCUCUUGGAUCAACUGAUGGCACACAUAGCUCAAUGCGAGAUGUUUCCAGUGAACCCAGCCUUCCAGCAGCCAGUUGGUCCAGCCCUCGAUGGAGAAUUGUUGACAUCGGAACUUGCAUAGCAAUUUAUUUCCACCGAGAACAAUUUUCUUUCUAUGUUUUCAUUCUUUUCAACAGAGGUAAUAGGACUGUUGAUGCGGCUGGAAGUUUGAUCUCCAUUCAUCGUAUUGCUGCAUGCACUAUGUGGAUCAAGCCAAUUGUUACUGGCAUGGCUGUGAUUCUGAUAUUUUGUGGUCCUCAGUGGUUGAAUAAACAUUGAUGUUAUUCGUAGGAAUUUGGUGCAUUCAGUCUGAGAGAUAUUAUUUAUAUUCCUUCAGAAUGGGAACCCUAUUUCCCCAUGUUCCAAGUUCAGAA